UAAAGUUUUAAACCUUCAGUAGUGCUAAAUACAGCAAGCUCUGAAGUCAUAUCUGCCGGAGUAAACAUGCGUUUACAGUUUUUUACUCUUGGAGAAAAAGAAUAUCAAGGAAGAUAUCCCAAUUCCCAAGUGCCUUUUAGCAGCUGAUUCAAAGUCUGAUUUCUUUGUUAUAUCCCUACCAUCAAACUAUGCAAAGCCCCUCAGAGAAGAAAGCAGGCGUCUAUACCUACAUAGGUCAGUGGCCAAUUUACUCCCUGGCUUGGUCCGUCCGCAAUGACAAAAGAUCACGCCUAGCCAUUGGCAGUUUUCUUGAAGACUACAGCAACAAGGUCGAACUUGUUCAGUUCAACCUUGACACAUCCGAUUUCACCACUGACAGCCGCCUAAUAUUCGACCACCCUUAUGCUCCCACAAAUCUAUUGUUCUUCCCCUCCGAGAAUACCUCAAAUCCUGACAUGAUUGCCACAUCCGGUGAUUAUCUCCGUCUGUGGGAAAUCCAUGAUGACCACAUCGAGCUCAAGGCCUUGUUCAACGGUAAUAAGAGUAGCGAAUUUAAUUCUGCCAUAACUUCUUUCGAUUGGGCUGACUUUGACACGCGACGCGUGGCUACCUCUAGUGUUGACACUACGUGCACCAUUUGGAACAUAGAGAGAGAAACUGUAGACACCCAAUUAGUAGCGCAUGACAAGGAAGUGUUCGAUAUUUCUUGGGGUGGGUUCAAUGUGUUUGCUUCAGUGUCCGGAGAUGGUUCGAUAAGGGUUUUUGACUUAAGGGACAAAGAGAGAUCAACAAUAAUUUAUGAAAAUCCUGUUCCGGAAACUCCCUUGUUGAGGCUAGAAUGGAACAAAGCUGACCCCAGGUUCAUGGCCACAGUAGGAAUGGACAGUAAUAAAAUUGUAAUAGUUGACAUCCGGUUUCCAACUAUACCUUUGGUGGAAUUAUGUAAGCAUAAGGGGAGCGUCAAUGCCAUUUCAUGGGCUCCAUUCAUUGGGAAGCAGCUGUGUUCUGCUGGGGAUGAUUCAAGGGCUCUAAUAUGGGAGGCGGUGGGCUCAAAUCUUCGAUCAGAAAAUGGAGGAGACAUGGAACCAGAAAUGUGGUAUGGAUCAGCGGCUGAGAUCAAUCAUGCUCGAUGGUCUCCAGUUGAGUUGGACUGGAUUGCUAUUGUUUUUCUGAAUAAAUUGCAGCUCUUGAAGGUUUAGGGCAAUUUCUGACAUGGAAUGUAUACUAUUAAAGUUGCUUAGCUAAUUUGCCUUUGGGUCAUUUGUAUGUAACUUGAAUUAUUAUGCAAAACGGAGAUUAGCUUAGUAUAUGUUAGAUAAGGAUGCUAUUUUCGAAUUGAUUUUUCCCCUUUUUGAACUUUA